AUGAUCAAUGAAACAUUCCUAAAUUAAGAACCUGAGCAGUUUUAUGACUAUUUUCCAACUAGUAUCUCAUGUCCUCAAGCAGAAUUAAGCGAAUAUGAAUCUCCAGUUAGAUAACAUUAUAUUAGUUCUUUAUGCUUCUAAAUAAAAAAGUACUAAAAAUAGAAAAAUAUUACUUAGAAAAAUCAAACGACAAUAGAAUCGACCUAGUUUUUUGAAAAUUGAAGAUAGUGGAAGAAAUGUAAAAUUAUAUUCAUGCUCCCUUUCAUCUAAUAAUACAGAGAAACCUGAAAAUGAUACUUAAUGA